GGCGGCACAUUUACUUAUUGAUCCGAACCGCGGGGAUGAUGGAUCUGUGUCAGCGCGCCCGGAAUUGGGUCAAAUAGGUGGCGCGUCCUCCAAUCACAGCGGCGCGAAUAGACGCUCCGUGGUGCGUUCAGGUGCAACGUGGCGCUCGAAGGACCAUUCAGCUGCACACUCGCCUCCCGAGCGGCUGCAGGUGGCGUUGCAGCGAGAGAGAGGCGCCCGACCACCGCCUUUGCACCAUCGACGCGCAACAGCAGCCAGCGCGGCGGCAGCAUCCUCCAUCCUCCAAACAAACCCGCUUGUUUUUUUUACCCCCUCCCUCCAUCGGAUUUAUUCUUUUAACCGAGAUGCUCGCCAGUUGCCUUCUAUGAGCGCCACGAAGCUCGUCUUCAUCACCAGGCGCAGACAUUUGGACAUCCGCGGCAUCAUCAGCCCCCGUCUGGACAGCCAAAGCCGAAGCGAGACCGGGUGAUCGCGGUCUCCUCUGAGGUCUCCUCGGUCCGGUCCCACAGCACCGUCCGCACCAUCCCCGCGCUCCCCCCGGCAGGCCGAACAAGCACCCCCCUGUCGCCAUGGGAACCGUGCUGUCCCUGUCGCCCAGCUACCGCAAGGCGGCCCUGUUCGAUGACGGGCCGGCCACGGUGGGCCACUACACGGCGGUGCAGAACAGCAAGAACGCCAAGGACAAGAACCUGAAGCGCCACUCGCUCAUCAACGUGUUGCCGUGGAAACGCAUCGUGGCGGUGUCGGCCAAGAAGAAGAUCUCCAAGAAGGUGCAGCCCAACCAGACCGACGUGAGCCAGCUCAACUCGGAGAACCUGAAGAAGUCGCAGUCGUGCGCCAACCUGGCCUCCUUCGGCCAGGACCAGAGCACCCCCACCCUGACCAAGAGCGCCGCCAACAACAACAACAACGACGAGCCGUCGCCGGCCAAGAAGCCGCCCGCCCCGGCGCCCGGCACCCCCAAGAGGGUGAUCGUGCAGGCGUCCACCAGCGAGCUGCUGCGCUGCCUGGGCGACUUCCUGUGCCGGCGCUGCUACCGCCUCAAGCACCUGUCGCCCACCGAGCCCGUCCUGUGGCUGCGCAGCGUGGACCGCUCGCUGCUGCUGCAGGGCUGGCAGGACCAGGGCUUCAUCACGCCGGCCAACGUGGUCUUCGUCUACAUGCUGUGCCGCGACGUGGUCUCCUCGGAGGUGGCCGGCGAGCACGAGCUGCAGGCCGUGCUGCUCACCUGCCUCUACCUGUCCUACUCCUACAUGGGCAACGAGAUCUCCUACCCGCUCAAGCCCUUCCUGGUGGAGAGCUCCAAGGAGGCCUUCUGGGACCGCUGCCUGUCCAUCAUCGACCUGAUGAGCGCCAAGAUGCUGCAGAUCAACUCCGACCCGCACUACUUCACCCAGGUCUUCGCCGACCUCAAGAACGAGAGCCAGAAGGAGGAGGAGCGCAGCCGCCUGCUCAUCGGACUGGACCGGAGGGCCAUCGCCUGACCGGCGCUGGCCGUCUCGCGGCACUGACGGAGACAGCCGGCAGGAAGCCCCGCCCCCAUCAGUGCGGACCCAGGUGGACUUCCGGCGCCCAACGGGGCAGCCCGGCUCGUCCCGGGCCAGGCGCUCCUUCUGGAGGACAAAGGACGCAGUGUUGCAUCGUGGGACUUUUGGCCAGAGGACAACAAGCUUUUUUUUUUUUUUUUUCCAUUCCUGGAUGUUUGGAGGUUAAUUUAUUUCUGCCUUUUCCUGGAACAAACUCAUCUUCGUCACCUUUUUUGCACGCCACACUUGAUGAUUUAGCUCUGCUUGCCUUUUGCUACUUCUUCUUCUUCUUCUUCUCCUCCGAGGUAGUUUGCUUCCAUGUUGAAUGGCCGCCAUAUCUUCUCACUUCUUGUGGCCAUCUUUCUCUUUGAGGACGCCAAGAUGGCUGCCAGGGAUCUAGUCUCCCAUCCGAGACCUCUUUAUGGCGGGAAAAACCUUCAUAACGAUAAUAAGAUGAAUCAUGUUAGGACUAGAAAGAAGAUUAAAAACACAAAUAGUCAUCCCCUCAUGUGCCAAAGUGACUUUGAAGGAGGUUGCAUCUUAGCAUCAAAGGUGUCUUUUUCAGCAGCGACAUUUUCUCAUGAAGGACACGCCUCCUUUCCAGGUACGCCGCAGAGAAGGCUUCGCUACACGUUAUACUCGACCAUGUCCACACACACACUCUCAAAGUGCUGAUGGUUCAGACUUUUAUCUUUAAUGUCGCUCUAACAGACGCUCCUGACUACGAUCACACCAGAAGUCUGAAUUAUGAGAUCAUGUGGUCUAAAUGAACAUGUAAGAAAGUCCAAGGAUCCAGACAAAUAUUCAUAAUUAUGAGAUAAAAAAAUCAUAAAGUAUGAAAUUGAAAAGUCGGAGUUCUGAGAUAAAAUAAAUUCUAAUUAUAAUAUAAUAAUUAUAAGAUAGUAAGUCGUUAUGAGAUAAAAAGUCUUAAUUAUUAGAUAUUAAAGUCUACAUUAUGAGACAGUAAAGUCGAAAUUAUGGGGUGAAAAUUCAUAAUUAUGACAUAAAUUGUAGAGAAGAAAGUCGUAAAUUAUGAGGUAAACAUUCUAAAUCAUUAGAUACAUCUCGUAAUUAUGGGACAAAAGUUAUGUUUAAGUAACCCAAAUUCCUAAUUAUGAGAUGCAAAUUUGUAAUUAUUAGAUAUAAGUCAUAAUUGUGAGACAAAAAGUCACAAUUAUGUGAUUAAAAGUCAUAAUUGUGAAAUCAAAUUCCUAAUUAUGAGACAAAAAGUCAUUGUUAUGACAUAAAAAGUAUUAAUUAUUAGAUAAUAAAGUCUACAUUAUGAUACAGUAAAGUCUAAAUUAUGGGGUGAAAAUUUAUAUGAAUGUUGUCUGUCUAUCUGUGUUGGCCCUGCGAUGAGGUGGCGACUUGUCCAGGGUGUACCCUGCCUUCCGCCCGAUUGUAGCUGAGAUAGGCGCCAGCGCCCCCCGCGACCCCGAAAGGGAAUAAGCGGUAGAAAAUGGAUGGAUGGAAAUUUAUAAUUAUGAUACAAGUCGUAGUUAUGAGAUAAGAAAGUCGUAAUUUAUGAGAUAAAGUCAUAUUUAUCAGAUAUAUCUCAUAAUUCUGGGACAAAAAUUAUAUUUAAGUAACCGAAAUUCCUAAUUAUGAGAUGCAAUUUUGUAAUAUUAGAUAUAAGUCUAAAUUGUUUGACAAAAAGUCACAAUUAUGAGAUAAAAAGUCAUAAUUUUGAACCCCCAAAAAAAUCUGAAUUAUGAAACUAAAUUCCUAAUUAUGAGAUAAAAAGUCUUAAUUAUUAGAUAUUAAAGUCUACAUCAUGAGACAGUAAAGUCUAAAUUAUGGGGUGAACAUUUAUAUUUAUGACAUAAGUCGUAGUUAACAUAAGAAAGUUGUAAAUUAUGAGGGGAAAAAGUCAUGUUUAUUAGAUAUAUCUCAUAAUUAUGAGAGAAAAGUUAUAUUUAAGUAACCCAAAUUCCUAAUUUGUCAGGCGCAAAUUUGUAAUUAUUAGAUAUGAGUCAUAAUUAUGAGAGAAAAAGUCACAAUUAUGUGAUAGAAAGACAUAAUUAUAAAACAAAAAUCCUAAUCUUGAGACAAAAAGUCAUAAUUAUGUGAUAAUAAAGUCGACAUUAUGAGACAGUAAAGUCUAAAUUAUGGGGUGAAAAUUCAUAAUUAUGACAUAAGUCGUAGUUAUGAGAUAAGAAAGUCGUAAUUUGUGAGAUAAAAAGUCAUAUUUAUCAGAUACUGUAUAUCUCAUAAUUUUGCGAGAAAAGUUAUAUUUAAGUAACCCAAAUUCCUAAUUUUGAGAUGCCAAUUUGUAAUUAUUAGAUAAUAGUCAUAAUUAUGAGACAAAAAGUCACAAUUAUGUGAUAACAAGUCAUAAUUAUUAAAUAAUAAAGUCUACAUAACGAGACAGUAAAGUCUAUAUUAUGACAUGUCGUUGUGAAGAAAGUUGUAAAUUAUAAGAUUAAAAUUCGAAAUUAUUAGAUAUAUCUCAUUAUUAUGAGACAAAAGUUAUACUUAAGUAACCUAAAUUCCUAAUUAUUAGAUGCAAAUUUGUAAUUAGUAGAUAUAAGUCAUAAUUAUGGGACAAAUAGUCACAAUUAAGAGAUAAAAAGUCAAAAUUAUGAAACUAAAAUUCCUAAUUAUGAGACAAAAGUCUUAAUUAUUAAAUAAUAAAGUCUACAUUAUGAGACAGUAAAGUCUAAAUUAUGGGGUAAAAAAUCAUAAUUAUGACAUAAGUAAGUCGUAGUUAUGAGAUAAUAAAGUCGUAAAUUAUGAGAUAAAAAGUCACAAUUAUUAGAUAUAUCUCAUAAUUAUGAGACAAAAGUUAUAUUUAAGUAACCCAAAUUCCUAACUAUGAGAUGCAGAUUUGUAAUUAUUAGAUAUAAGUCAUAAUUAUGAGACAAAAAGUCUCAAUUAUGUGAUAAAAAGUCAUAAUUAUGAAACCAAAUUCCUAAUCAUGAGACAAAAAGUCAUAAUUAUGAGAUAAUACAGUCUACAUUAUGAGACAGUAAAGUCUAAAUUAUGGGGUAAAAAUAUCAUAAUUAUGACAUAAGUCGUAGUUAUGAGAUAAUAAAGUCGUAAAUUAUGAGAUAAAAAGUCACAAUUAUUAAAUAUAUCUCAUAAUUAUGAGACAAAAGUUAUAUUUAAGAAACCCAAAUUCCUAAUUGUGAGAUGCAAAUUUGUAAUUAUUAGAUAUAAGUCAUAAUUGUGAGACAAAAAGUCACAAUUUUGUGAUAAAAAGUCAUAAUUGUGAAACAAAAUUCCUAAUCUUGAGACAAAAAGUCAUAAUUGAGAAUUGAGCAAAUUAGCUAUUUUUGGCAAUUUAUUUAGGAGUGUAUCAAACUGGUAGCCCUUCGCAUUAAUAAAGAAUUAGCUCUUGGUUUCAAAAAGGUUGGUGAUCCCUGCUUUAAACAUUCUGAGAGAUUAUUGAGUGUAUAAACUGAAAUAGAAUGCUAAUUUCGCUUCACGUUAACGAAAAAGAAGCGUCAAUAUGCCCUUUAAAAAAAAAAAAAAACACUUAUUUAAUGUUCAACAUUUACAAACAAACAGUGCCGCCUACGAAAAUGACGUCAUGAUGUCACCGUCACAAUAGUGCGCCAUAUUUCGCCCCACAACAAGUACAAAGGCAGACAACGCUCGCAUUAAACAUACAGAAAGUACCUAUCUUACUUUUUAACCGUAACAAUAAGGCUACGUUCACGCUAAAUUGACAAAAAGAGAUACCUCUUUUGCCUUUCAUUGUGUACCGUGACCCGUGUACUUAAUAGUCCCGCCUUCAAAAAUGACGUCACUUUCGACACGUAGUAAACAACGUUUGCCUCAAACAUUCGGAAAGUACAUCUUUUUUUAUUCAAACGUACGUAUAACGCAAAUUUUACUCAAAAUUGAUUCAAAAGGGCGUCAAUAUGUUAUUUUAUUACCGCGACCGCCGUGCGCGCGAUAGUCUCGCCUCCGGAAAUGACGUCAUAGACCCUCUGAUUGACUCCAAUUGCCUUACUGUUAAAUGCGAUUUAAAGGCCUACUGAAAUUAGAUUUUCUUAUUUAAACGGGGAUAGCAGGUCCAUUCUAUGUGUCAUACUUGAUCAUUUCACGAUAUUGCCAUAUUUUUGCUGAAAGGAUUUAGUAGAGAACAUCCACGAUAAAGUUCGCAAAUAAAAAAGCCUUGCUUGUACCGGAAGUAGCAGACGAUGUGCGCGUGACAUCACAGGUUGUAGAGCUCCUCACAUUGUUUUUAAUCAUGGCCACCAGCAGCUAGAGCGAUGGGGACCGAGAAAGCGACGAUUUCCCCAUUGAUUUGAGCGAGGAUGAAAGAUUCGUGGAUGAGGAUAGUGAGAGUGAAGGACUAGGGGGAAAAAAAAUAAGACGAGGCAGUGGGAGCGAUUCAGAUGUUAUUAGACACAUUUACUAGGAUAAUUCUGGAAAAUCCCUUAUCUGCUUAUUGUGUUACUAGUGUUUUAGUGAGAUUAUAUGGUACCUGAAAGUCUGAAGGGUGUGGUGACCGCCAGUGUGUCCGGUGGUAGGAGGCAAGAGAGUCCACAGCUGCAGGAGGACGCUAGCUCCACUCAUGUCUGCGGUAAGAGCAGACUUAUUACCACAAUUUUCUCACCGAAACCUGCUGGUUGACAUGUUCGCUUGACCGCUCUGUUCCAUAGUAAAGCUUCACCUUCGGGAAUGUAAACAAGGAAACACCGGCCGUGUUUGUGUGGCUAAAGGCGGCCGCAACACACCGCUUCCCACCUACAUCUUUCUUCUUUGACGUCUCCAGUAUUAAUUGAACAAAUUGCAAAAGAUUCAGCAACACAGAUGUCCAGAUUACUGUGUAAUUAUGCGACGAAAAGAGAUGACUUUUAGCUGUGAGCAGUGCUGGAAGAACAUGUCCGCUGCAACCGGUGAGGUAACGCGUCAUCAUUCCGCGACGUUUACAACAGGAUACUUAACGGGAAAUUUAAAAUUGCAAUUUAGCAAACUAAAAAGGCUGUAUUGGCAUGUGUUGCAAUGUCAAUAUUUCAUCAUUGAUAUAUAAACUAUCAGACUUCGAGGUCGGUAGUAGUUGGUUUCAGUAGGCCUUUAAAACCUGUUCAAAUGCGAUUUAAAACUUUAACAGUAUUUAAAACGACCCGUGUUUGUGUGGACAUGGUCUUAAAAGUACAACCUGGAGAAUUCAAAGUUCGUUUUUUCCCCAGUCAAAAAAAUGCUAACCUAGCUAGCAUGAUGUUAAAAACGUAAUGUUAGCUUGUAGCUCGCAUAGCGUUGAUAAAGUUUGGUGUUCACCCUCCUGCUAUGAUGUUGUUUGUGACGUGUGGCAACGAUUACAGUAGGGUGUAUUUGUAAAAAAAUAAGUACACACUAAGGUUCUGAAAAAUGCAGUCUUGUCAGGACAGACAAGGCUAAAUUAGCAUUCAAGCUACACACAAACUAAAAUUACUUUUUAAUAAUUUAACAAGACAUGUUUAGUUUCACCUUCUAUUGCUGCCUCCUACCUUUCUCCCAAAAAUGUGCCAUUUUCUCACUUUCGCUAAACGCUCCCAAAAGAAGUCAACAAGAUUGUGUGUAACCUUGUAGAUAACCCACAACAGUGUGUGUGUUUGUACAGAAGAGUGUGUGAGAUGAAACAAAAUGAAUGAAUAAGUUCCUCUUUUUUUUGUUUUUUUUUUCCUCCGGAGAAAAACGAGACAAAGCUGAUGUUGUUUCUUCUUCUUUUGGUUUGCUGCUUCCGCUUACUUUUCAUUUUAUUUUUGUACUGUGAUGGAAAGUAGAAAAAUAAAAAUGCACUGAUUGUUCCAGAA